AUGGAUCUGGGGAAGGUGACGCUACCGCUGGUGAUCAGGGAGCAGUUUAUCUUCAGGCGGGAGAUCAUGCUGAAGAUGUUCUUGGGAGCGUCGGCGGGGUCGGCAUACUGCAUCGCGGGAGUGUCGCUGAUCUUCCCCAUGCACUUUGAAAUAGCUCGCGAGGGGUUCAUGAGCUCACUGCAGUGCAAGGGGCUGAUACCGAUCAUUCUGGGAGCUUUCAUCCUAGGAUGCGGCAUGUGUCUGUCAGGGUCAUGCCCAGGGAUGGUGCUGGUACAAGUCGGAGCAGGCAUCCCUUACUCGUGGCUGACGCUCAUCGGGGGCCUGUCGGGCGCGGCCUUGUAUGGGGUGGUGCAGCCCAAGAUCGAGCCGUACCUCAAGGCAGGGAAGAUGAAGUCACCGAAGAUCGAGGUCUGCAUGACCAUCUUCAUCGUCAUCCUCGAAGUGUUUUUCCCGUGGGAGAAGGAGGUGCCGGUAGGGACGACGCCUUGGAAGACGGCGCUCCCCCCAGAGCUUAUGGGGGCGAUCAUCGGCUUCCUACAGAUCCCAGCUAUCCUGCUGAUCAAUACCACCCUGGGGAGCAGCUCGGCGUACAUGACAUAUACCUCCCAGCCUCUUGCUAUCUGCAAGAACUGCCAGGAUAUGAGGCAGUACCUGAACGCGUUCGUAGGAGGCUUCUGCGCCAUCUUCGGGAGCCGGCUUGCGUCGGGGUGCACGAGCGGGCAUGGGCUAUCGGGGGUCGCGCUGCUGUCACUGAAGUCGAUGUUUGCCGUGCCGGGGAUGUUUGGGGGAGGGAUAGUGCUGGGCUUCAUCUACUUCUCGGUGGACUCAUAUCACUACACGGGGCGGUUGUACAGCUAG